AUAUCCUUGUUUCAACACUAUUUGUAUGUUUAUACUUGUAAUUCGCAAAAACAAAAGGAUUCAAGUAAUGAUUGGAUGUGUAUAAUAUUAAGUUACUUUAAAGACUUAGUUUCGUUUCCACAGUGUCAACCUCUUCCGCAAAAACAGCUGCGCUUCAUACAAGCAUGAGAGUGAAGGUAGUAUUACUCUGGUAAGCACCUCAGAGCCCUCAGCAGUGAGCACUAAAGUCAGACAACAUGAGCAGAAGAAACAGAAAAAGGCAUUUUUCUCUAAAAGACAUGUGUGCGGUUGGAUUGGAUUUUAUAGAGCUGCUGGAGGAAUCCGGCAGGAGAUCUAUUACAGCGAAAGAAGAGCUCAGGAAAAUUUACCUUAACGAGUUUCAAAACAGACUAUCCAGGGACGGAUUCAGAGAUCCAAGCUUCUCUAAUGUCCUGUAUGGAUUAAGAAAAAACAGAAAAGCUCGCAUUACUAGAGAUGGACAGGUUUACUUCAACCCUCAGAUUCGAGUGCCUUUAGACAAUCAAUGCAGACAGCAAAACCAAGCCAUGACCCCUCCGACUUAUGGUAGUUCAUCAUCUCCUAAUGGCCAGGAGGCCUCUGACCCGCCUUUGGUUCCAGGGCCAGAGGGUGGAGUCAGGGCGAGAAGAAAACUAGCUAAAGACAUACUACGCCGACUGAACACUGUAGACAGGUCUGAGUUUAUUGCUGAUAAAUAUGGGGUGCGAGUGUUUUCAGAGGCACUGACAGAAGAUGGCAAGAUUCAGUUCUUCGUGGACGGAGCUGAAGUUCAUGAGCUGAAGCUGUUUGUGGAGAACACGGGUCAGGAUGUGGUGUAUUUCACAUACUACACGGCCCUUCACUGGCUUCAGUGUUUUACUCUAGAAGACAGCCAGAGAGUCACACGCAACAAUCCGCUUCAACUUCAACCAAGUGAACAAUAUGAGGUGAUCGUCAGAUUCAGAUCAAAUCACAUUGGCGUUUAUUCUGCCACACUGGCAUUUGAGUUCAAGAAAGACACCAUGGCCCACCAUUUCCACAUUGUGCGCUUCACUGAAGCGUUUUACAGGUCCGAACUUGCUGCCCAACUUGGUCCUAUAGAACCAUAUAAACCCUUCAGACUUAUGCUCAAUGAAACAGCGAACUUCAAUGUGGAUGAGGGUUUUCGUCCUGAAGAUUCGACUCGAAACUAUUUGCAAUUUGUUUUGCCACUGGAGCGACACCCUCUUCCAUCGUACAUCCAUGAUUUGGUCAAUUUCCUGAAAAGCACUAAUUCUUCCCGAGCUCUCACAACACAGCUCCAGGUAUCUCGGUCUCUGCUGGAGAGUGAUCUGAAUUUCCAGGAAUACGCAAAGCGGUUUGAUUUACUGCUGUUCCUAGAGGAGGAUCAGAUGCGUAUGGACAUAAAGAGAUACAACAAAGAUGAUGUCCCCAUGAAGAGGGACAGUGAAAAGAAAGGACUGCUUGUCUUAGAGCUUCCUGGUGUGUCUGAGAACCGUCCAUCAGUUCUGAGGGGAGAUCAUCUGUUUCUCACUAAGAGUGAGGAAAUCAAGGCCUUUAAUCUAACAAAAUUCAAGGGCUACGUCCACAGAGUAGAACUGGACCAGGUCAAACUGGGCUUUUCCAACAAGCUGCUUGCCAAUUUCAUUGACAAUAUGAAAUUUCGUGUUGAGUUUACUGUCAAUCGUCUCCCAUUAAAACUGCAACACCGAGCCGUGAACAUGGCUGUCGAGCACAACCUCGGAGAUGUGCUGUUUCCUAACGGCUCGAGGAACAGGGACCUCAUGUCUGUACCUAAUCUAAGAUUCUUUGAUUUAAAGCUGGAAAGAAAUCCUGAACAGAAAACCGCAGUAUGCAACAUCGUCACAGGUGUGUCCAAGCCGGCUCCGUACUUGGUGUUUGGACCUCCAGGCACAGGAAAAACUGUCACUAUAGUGGAGGCUAUCAAACAGGUGGAGAAGAAUAUAGCUGGUGCUUUUAUUCUAGCGUGUGCUCCAUCUAACAGUGCCGCUGAUCAAUUGUGUGAAAAACUGAUCGACAGCCAACAUGUUGACAAAGGGAAAAUCUACAGACUCUACGCCAGUUCACGCAACCCUAAACACAUCCCUGCAGCUCUAGUGAAUAACAGCAAUGUGGAAGGAGAUUCAAUUGUGUUUCCAUGUAAAGAUGAACUAAUGACCUAUAAGAUCCUGGUCAGUACUCUGGUCACUGCAGGCAGGCUUGUCAGUGGAGGUGUUCCUGUGGGUCAUUCUCACAUCUUUGUGGAUGAAGCAGGACAUGCUGUGGAGUCAGAGACCAUCAUCAGUGUAGCAGGUUUGCUAGAUGCAAAGACCGGACAACUUGUUUUGGUUGGUGAUCCCAAGCAGCUGGGGCCAAUUCUGAGAUCUCCUUUUGCCAUUAGAUAUGGAUUAGGUCUUUCAAUGCUGGAGAGGUUAAUGACACAGAUUGAACUUUAUCAAAAAGGUGCAACAGGAUAUGACAACCGCUACGUCACCAAGCUGCUGAAGAACUACAGGUCUCAUGCAUCCAUUCUGAAAGUUCCUAAUGAAUUGUUCUAUGAUGGGGAGUUGAUGGUGUGUGCAGAUGAGAUCAGCUUGAACCAAUUUUGCAGCUGGGAGCACCUGCCUAAAAAAGACUUCCCUGUGAUUUUCCAUGGAGUGAUUGGGAAGGACGACAGAGAGUCAAACAGCCCCUCCUUCUUCAACACCUCCGAAAUCGAGAUCAUCAUGAAAUACCUGGAGAAGCUUCUCCUCACACAGGCCAAGAAAGGCAUUGCUAAAAUGCACCCCAAAGAGAUCGGCAUUAUCGCCCCCUAUAGGAAACAGGUGGAGAAAUUCAGGCAAGCCAUCAAAAUACACAGAGAGCUGAAAUCCUUCAUGGGCAUUGAAGAGCUCAAGGUUGGUUCAGUGGAAGAAUUUCAAGGCCAGGAGAGGAAAGUGAUCAUUGUGUCAACUGUUCGCAGCAGCAAGGAGAACAUCACUUUUGAUGAAACAUUCAACAUUGGGUUCCUCAAAAACGAGAAGAGAUUCAAUGUGGCGGUGACGAGAGCCAAAGCUCUGCUGAUUAUAGUGGGAAACCCCAUCAUUCUCCAGACAGAUACAAACUGGGGCAGGUUUAUUAAGUACUGCACUGAUGAAGGAGGUUAUACCGGAUAUGAUAUUUCCAACUUGGAGGAAGCAGAUGACGUUGUUGAUCGCUUGCUUGCUCUUAAUUUGAAUCCACUGGUGCUGGUGGAAACAGAGGAGAGUGUCGUCCAACAAUAUGUGAAUCCGGGUUGGAGACAUGAACACUGAAGUGCAUAUAAUUCUCAAAGCCACACUUCUUUAGUUAUAUAUUAGUUAUUUUGUUUAAGAAUAGAUACAUUUAAGAGCAUUGAUCUUUGUUUUCAGGAUGGAAUUGGUUUUGUCAAGUUACACAAGGAAACAUUUGUGACAUAAACCAGAUUAAAGUAUCAAAUUCUGAGAUAAUAAAUCUCAAAGUUUGAUUUCAAUCUUUAAUUUCACUAUGAUUUUAUUGUUUGACAUGACCUUACUUACAGAAGGCUCUUUUAUAUUAUGUAGAAUAAAACAGUGCAUCACAAAAAAAUAUACUUUGUCUGCAUAUUGAACACAGGGUUAGUAAGCCACUGAUUUUAUCAAUAAAGAAUUUUUUUACUUUA